GAGUUUAAGACCCCUGUAACCAGUACUCCACAGAGCCGCCCGACAGCCAAACUAAAAAGGCGAAAAACAAAAUAAGAAGAUAGGCGCAGGUACGUGCAGUCUUCUUCAGUACAGACGAUCUUUGUCCGUCCAAUGACGUCACGGCCCCGCUGCUCCAGCUGGACGUAAAACCCAACGCAAAGACCGACGUCAGCUCUCGUUUGUCGUUAGUGUGCGUGCGCGCGCGCGCGCCCACUUGGCGCUUGUGCACUUUUCAAGAUUUUUAUGAGACGACAACACCCGAGGACGUCGCGAGGUCACCGAAGGUCGUUUGCUGUCGACGGACAAUCAAGCGACGAUCCGGAUCGGCUCCGGAUGCGAUUCUGCCAGCCAGCCAGCCAGCCAACCAUUCAGGCAAGGUAGGCAAGCGGGUGGCCGGCCAGGUAGAUAAAUGUGACGCUCGCAAGCGUCCCCUGCACGUAGCGUGUCAGCUGCCAUUGGAGCUUGCACAACCCGGAAAUGUGCACGGCUCCUCAGCGAUCCUUUCGACUCUUUUAAAUUCGACUUGAUCGUUUUGCGUAUAUGUACAUGUCUAGACGAAGAAAUGAGGGGGCCAAGGAAUGAAGGGGAAGGGAAUAAGAAGAAUCCUUCCUUCUGUGGAUGAAGGAAAGAAAGUUGGGAAGAAGGAAGGGGGUAAAGCACUGAUGAAAAGUUGGAAAGGAACGGAUUGGAGAAAUGAAGGAUAGAUGGUAAGUGGGUAUAGAAUGAAGGGAAACAAGGAAGUAAAGAUAAGAGGAAGAAAAAUAAUGGAUAUGGGAAGGGAAGGUCAAGACGAAAAGGGAAGAAUGCAAGAGAGAAAAUAAGGAUUGAAAAUGUCGUGAGGAUAAGAGGUUUUUGUUUAUUUGAUGUGAACUUUGCUCAUGUUGCAAUGUGUCGCUUCCUGCCCAUGGCCAAAUGUCCCUCUUGAACUUGGACACCCGCAGCCCCCGCGAACGAGGCCUCGUCACCUUGCCACCAGCCGCUGGUACCUCCUUUUAGCGUAAGCCAAUCAAGGCGCCGCCUGGAGACGGGCCAUGCACAUCAAGCAACUGCGUUCCGGGCUGUGCGUGGACGUGUCAGGGUUCCGCACGCCUCCCCGCAACGGCCGUUGCCCCCUCAGUGCCAUCCCAGGCAACACGCUUAGUACACGAGGCAGCCCACCACCGCUACGUUGUCCGGCCAAAGAUGAUCCCGACGCCCUGCUGGAUGUGUGCGCCGUCAUCAAGCCGGGCCACGUCCGUGAGAAGAUUGCCCUCUUCGCUUCGGACCCGGGUUCAUUAUGCGCAAACCGUGCCCCCUCAACGCGGCCAGCGAAGGUGAAGGGCAGCUGGCGGGAAAAUAACGACGGCAAGCGACGAAGGCGGUCCGGCGCUACCAGAACCCUCCGGCGGGACUCAGAUAGCCUGCCUGGAAACAGGCUGCCCGCCGAUGCCUCCACCCCAAGUUUGGAGCAGAAGGUGUCAGUGGGUGCCAUAGUUGCGUUCCUGGAGGAGCGCCGCAGCGGCACCGGGUUCGCCGGCACCGGGUUCACCGUCACCCGAACGCCGCCCCUCCCGGAGGACACGGAGAGCGUGCGUGUAUCGGACGUGGUCGCCAAGAUUGAGUGUCUGCAGCGUCGCAACGUGGGUGGCGUGUCCACAAGCCCAAGGAUAUGGGCGAGGCACGUGCGGGUCACCGUCUGUCCCGUCUGUCCCGCUCCGUCCCCUCCAUCCUCGCCAUCGUUUGAUGCUUGGGACAGCGACCCGAUCGAACGCUCCCGGUCACCUUCUUCAGCCGGCAUCGCGCUUCCACCGCCUUCGCUGGAGGAGACGGAGCCCCUUCCCGGGUUGUUGUUUCUGUCCACGCCACCUUACAUCCUUUCAGACGAGGCGACGGCAGCGGAGCAGAAACGGGCAUCGGAUGACUUUGCGGAGAUAAGACAGCGGCUGAGCGAGCUCCUGGAGCCGCCGGUCACUCUGGCCACACUGCCGCAGGAUGUGCUGUUGGGCAUCUUUGUGCUGCUGCCCACCCGCAGCCUAGCGGCGCUCAAGUGCACGUGUAGCUACUUCAAGCUGGUCAUCGAGAACUACGGUGUCCGUCCCGCCGAUUCCCUGUGGGUGGCAGACCCCCGUUACCACAACGACCCCUGCAAGAAGUGCAAGCGGCGCUACGGGCGCGGUGACGUGUCGUUGUGCCGCUGGCACCACAAGCCGUACUGCCAGGCGCUGCCCUUUGGGCCCGGCUUCUGGCUGUGCUGCCACCGCCUACGCAGGGACGCCCCCGGUUGCAACAUGGGGCUCCACGACAACCGCUGGGUGCCCACCUUGCACAGCUGAGCUGCAUGGCAAAGCUUUUACCUUUUUUUUUUUUCUUCUUCUCCUUGAACUUGUUCGUGGUCGACCUGUCACAUUCCGUUUGUUGGCUGAGGAAGGAGUCUCAGACAGAUUUCGAUUUGUGUUCACGUGUACAUAAUAUUGCAUUUUAAGAAAGCCUAGGAAAUGCUAUAAUAAAAAGAGAUUUUUAAAAAUUGA